UCGCCUUCGGAGAGAUGUUGUGCGGCCAGUUGUUUCGGUCCCAGCUGGUUCUGAGGCGAUGCAGCCCCUCGCGGGCGCAGUCUGCUUUGGCCCAGCUUACGCACCUGCUGGAGGGCGAGCUGGAGGGCAUCCACGGGGCGGGGACCUGGAAGAGCGAGCGGGUGAUAACGUCAAAGCAAGGCCCGCAUAUCACCGUGGAAGGCAGCCGAGGAGAUAUCCUGAAUUUCUGUGCCAACAAUUACCUUGGACUUUCUAGUCAUCCAGAAGUUAUCCGUGCUGGACUUGAUGCUCUGGGGAAGUAUGGAGCUGGUCUCAGUUCUGUCCGCUUCAUCUGCGGAACGCAAAAUAUACAUAAGGAUCUAGAGGAGAAGAUUGCUCGUUUCCAUCAAAGAGAAGAUGCCAUUCUCUAUAUCAGCUGCUUUGAUGCCAAUGCUGGGAUCUUUGAGGCACUUCUGACACCGGAAGAUGCAGUACUGUCAGAUGAACUGAACCAUGCCUCCAUCAUUGAUGGCAUCCGUCUUUGUAAAGCCAAUAAGUAUCGUUACAAACAUAUGGAUAUGCAGGAUCUGGAAGUCAAGCUGCAGGACGCACAGAAAUACCGUCUACGGAUGGUGGCUACUGAUGGUGCUUUUUCCAUGGAUGGUGACAUUGCCCCCUUAAAGGAAAUCUGUAGCCUCGCUCAGAAGUACAAAGCCUUUGUUUUUGUCGAUGAAUGUCAUGCCACUGGAUUUCUUGGGCCUAAUGGCAGGGGCACUGAUGAGCUUUUGGGAGUGAUGGAUCAAGUAACUAUAAUCAACUCAACACUUGGAAAGGCCCUUGGUGGAGCAGCAGGUGGCUAUACAACUGGUCCUAGAGCAGUAGUGGAUCUUCUGCGCCAACGUUCUCGCCCCUACCUCUUUUCCAACAGCUUGCCUCCUGCUGUUGUGGGCUGUGCCUCCAAAGCUCUGGACCUACUCAUGGAGAGCAAUGCCAUUGCACAGUCCAUGGCUGCCAAGACUUCACAGUUCCGAAGUAAGAUGGCAGCAGCUGGAUUUACGAUUUCAGGCAAUAAUCAUCCUAUUUGCCCUGUGAUGUUGGGUGAUGCCCGGUUAGCUUCAGUGAUGGCUGAUGAUAUGCUAAAAAGAGCACCCUUUUUCUCACCCAACAGGCAUCUAUGUCAUUGGCUUCAGCUAUCCUGUAGUGCCCAAGGGUAAAGCCCGUAUCCGAGUACAGAUCUCAGCUGUUCACAGUGAAGAGGAUAUUGAUCGAUGUGUGGAGGCCUUUACUGAAGUGGGUCGUAAACAUGGAGCCUUGCCUUAAAUGGCUGCUGGAAAUGAAUGGUGCCUUUCUGCAACUAAAGCCAACUGAUGCAGCUUUGCUACCAAAUAACUCCUUAGCAUUGCCAGUGACAAGGAGUGUGGGAAUUAUAAUUCCAAAUACCCCCGUUUGCCUGCUUCUCUUAUAUGGACUAUUUUGCAGUGGUUCCAAUGAUGUAAUGUUAGUUGAAGGCUUAUGUUUUUAAGAACUGCAGUCCACUACUAUGCUAGAAGAUUAAUAAUGAUUCCUUCUUCCAUGGUUGAAGGGAAUCAGAGCCUAGCUAAGACAAAGGAAUUGGCUGCAUAGAAUACCAUGUUCUGAUAUGGGCCCUAAGGUCAUGCCAUUGUGGCUCCAUUUUACCCCAUUGUUGCAGAACUCAAGCUAGAGCAGAGUUUCUCAAUCUUGGCUGCUUUACGCUGUGUGGACUUCAACUCCCAGAAUUCCCCAGCCAGCAUGGGGAAUUCUGGGAGCUGAAGUCCACACAGCGUAAAGCAGCUAAGGUUGAGAAACACUGAGCUAGAGGAAGGAGAGGGAGGGGAUGACUUUUUCCUUUUCUUGCACAAAUUUCUCUUUGUGGAAGCAGUUUCUUCAGACUGAACACUAGAGGGCAUGUUUGUAACUCUUGCAUCGGGGACCCCAAGGUAGCAGAACAUACCUACAUUGCACUAGUUCAUUGCUUUUCAUUAUGAAAUCCCUUCAUUUUGAUAUAUUCAUUGCCCUUACAAUGUACCAAAAAUACUAACAGUUCAAACGAUUA